CUGUUAGUGCGUAAGUCGUAUGUUGUAAUCGUUAUCUUCUCGUUGGAAAGAGAAGAACCUUUUUGACGUAAGGUGAAGAAUUGAAAAAUAAUUCGUUGAAAAAAAAAAAUUAAAUAAAUAAAUUAACGCGUAAUUAUAAUUUCACGUAAUAAUUCUUAUUGAUUCGCGUAGUUGGUCAUUUUGUGUUGAUGUUGUUGUGUCGUUAUCGUUAUCGUUGUUGUUGUUGUCAUUAUUACUCGUGGUAGUGAUUAUAAAUGUUACUAAUAGUAACAGAAUUACCGGUAAAAGAAGCCUAAGAGAAAAACAUGGACGACGAAAUGCAGAUAGUGUCAUUCCUGUUCAAUAAUUUCUACAGAUAUCAAACAGCAAGAAGGAUGUUAGGACUACUCCUGCUAUUAGCUUGUCUAACAACAUCGACUUACUCUUUGAACGGGGAAUUAGUCGAACAAGAAUGUCCGGUGGACUGUCACUGUCACUACUUUCGUAUCAACUGGGUUACCGAUUGCUCGGAAAGCAACCUGACAAGCAUACCAUAUAACGAACUCAGUCCUAAUGUCUACAUACUUGACAUGAAUGGCAAUAACAUACAACACGUUGGAUCGUUUCCACAUGGUAUUAAGCUGAGGCGACUGCAGAUGGCACAUAAUCGACUUGCCCAACUCAAUUACGAAUCUUUCGCUGGACUGACGUAUCUCUUGGACGCGGAUUUCUCCUACAAUGCCAUAACGCACGUGGAUCCAGAAGCUUUUAGGGACAGUCCAGGCUUGAUCACGUUGGAACUUCAGAACAACCCAAUAGCCACGGUCGAGGGCCCUUUCCUAAAUUGUCGCACACUACUCUAUUUGGAUUUGAGUAACUGUGGAAUUCAUCAACUGAAUACACGAUUUUUUCAUAACACAACGAAUCUGAACAAACUCGACUUGUCUUACAAUCCCCUACAAAGGAUAGAACCUGGACCGUUCGACCACUUGACCAAUCUCGAGUAUCUACAGUUGAACGGCUGCAACUUGACUCACCUGUCUCCCGAUACGUUUGCGCAUUUGGAAAAUUUGCGAGAACUCGAGAUGCAGGAGAACGAUUUGAAAGAAUUGAGUUGGACGAAUGUUUUAGCACCUCUCAUUCGUUUGGAGAAUCUCAAUAUAAGAAAAACAUCGAUUAAUUAUUUGCCGAGAGAUGCUUUCGCUAAAAAUUUGUAUCUUCGACAAUUGGUAUUAGCUGACAACGAACUUCAACAUUUGGACGUUGGCAAUACUCUUGGUCAUAACCUGCAUAACUUGCAAUCGUUGGAUUUGUCCAAUUGUCAUCUUCAGGAUCGCUUAUCCGAAGAAGCCUUUAUAAACGCUAGUAAAUUGCGAGUAUUAAAUCUUAGCGGCAAUCCAAUGUUGGCUGCUGAUCUGACUGUAGUCUUACGCCACUUGCCUAAGCUUCACAAACUUUCUCUAAGUCAUUGUCACUUGCGUAAAUUACCGACCGCAUUCGAGGUUUUUGAAAAUCUCGAAGAACUCGAUAUCUCACAUAAUCCACUAUCGGAUGCUUUCGUUUCUUUGUUAAGUCCAUUAAGUUCCUUAGAAUUUUUGGAUAUGUCUUAUUGCGACUUAGGCCAUGUUGGAAAUAAUACAUUCGCUCAAAUGACUUCUCUUAAGAAACUGAUACUAUCAGGAAACACGCUUCACACUUUGGAGGAAGGUUUAUUCGCCAAUUUAACGAGAUUAGAAAGUUUGGAGAUGAAUAAUUGCGAUCUUCGCAACCCGAUCGAUCUAAGGGUUUUUGGUGAUCGCAACAUAACGAACGUGAUCGAGUUGAAGCUCAGUGGUAAUCCACUUAGCGUCACCGAAGAUGAUGCCCUUUUACCAACGCAACUAUCCAAUCUUGAAAUUCUUGACAUAAGCGACUGUGGCCUUUCACAUUUACACGAGAACGUAUUCUCCAAAACAAGAAAUAUCACGCGAUUGAAUUUAUCUAAUAACAAAAUAUCAGAGACGAAAGAUUUGUCUAGUUUGAAAUUAUUAAGAUCAUUGGAACACUUGGAUCUCAGCAAUAACAAUUUACAAUCGAUCAAUUAUAAAAUCUUCAAAUCAAAUCCGAAUCUCUUGUCGGUUAAUUUAUUAGGUAAUCCAUUCGUUUGCAAUUGUUCGGUGGUAGAAAUGUGGGAUUGGGCUGAAAAAGUAAAGAACGAUCUUCACGUCUUAAUUGGUAGUCAACCUGCCAACUUUGAAACGGGUGGUGAGAAACUUCGUAAGAGUUUAACUUGCACUUAUGACGACAAGACUUAUAGAACCGUCAUGGAUCAAAGUAGACCGUUCGUACGUAAAGGUGAUCUAACACCUAAUCGCACAUGGGCAAAAUUCAUUCGCGAAUCGAAUUGUACACGUCGUUUAUGAUAUCCGAAGAAAACAGGACAA